GUGGAAGUGACAGACGGCGUGGAGCCGAGCGGAUGCUCCUGGUGUUAAUAAUAAUGCCCUCCGUCCAGCUGUGUACGUACCCAGCUCAUCAACUUGGUUAGUGAGAAAUUCCAAGCAGGAGCGUCCUGGUAAAGUUGGGGUAAGGAAGGCACUAAGACGCUCUCCCCAGCAGCAGCAGCACCAACAACAGCACCACCACCAACACCUCCACCACCACCACCGGCGGCGAGCAGCGAGCAGCGAGCGACAGCAGGGGUCAUGACGAAACCACGCGACUGGACAGGCAAGGCCUUCGACUCCAGACGUCAACCAGCGCAAGCCAUGAGAUCAUGACAAGACGGGCAGAAGACAAAUACGAGCCAACACCACGCGUCACCAACGGCCAGCAGAGGUGGUGGGCGAGCAGUGCGGAGGCGGUGCACGCGCGGAAGCUCAGAGGCUAACUAUUAGAGUAGUCGGUCUGAGGGCAGCAGGUGGUGGUGUGUAGGCAAAUUACUGACGCCCUGCUUGGUAGACUAGAUCCUCUUCCACGGCCAUAUAUUGGCUCUAGCGAUACUCAGUGCUGGCUUUCCUAUUGCAGUCAGUCCCAUUACCCGCCGGUGCCGGCUUACACAUGGCACCAUUGAAUCCUGCUGCCAUGUAUUCAGCACCGGUCAGAUGCCGGCGACGAGGCGACGACGCUGGGGUCUCGGCGAAAGCUGCAUCGUUCACGGAUGAUUGCCACAAGAUUAUGUAGAGACACGAGUUGCGACACACGACGCAAGCCCUGCCCGCCUGCCUGUCACCUUUGCAUCACAACAGUAAUUUGAGCCAAAACAGCUCCCGUGAACUUAAAAUCGUGAUUCCCAUGUGUCCGCUGCUUCUACCUUUGAAAUGUUCAAAUGUUGUCACCGUACACACACACAUGGUCAUGAAAAGGCAUUCACGCAUUGAAUUCCACUGGUUUUAGCACCACCACCACCAUCGCCAGCGUCCUAUUGAAAUACACAUAGUAGUCUCAGGUAGCACAGGUAGCAUGACAUAGAGAAACUGGGACCGGGAUGCUGCUGCUGCUUCUGCUGUUGCUGUUGCUGCAGGUGCGAUCACGUGGCCUGAAAACGUGGGGUGGGCGCGUCAUUCGGGAAUCGCGUUCCUACACUCCUCGCACACCUCCUGUCCUGGUGACAAGCCUUUCUCAUCGUCCAGCCCAUCACAAAUUCAGUUCCGCAUCGCCCGACUGUUGUUCCACGUUGAAAGCAAUCCGUCUCUGAAAGAUUGAACGCUCUGUUCCGCCCUCCCCUGCCCUCCCCUGUCUUUCUCUGCCUCUAGUUGCCUCCACCUCUGGGUUUUCUCUCUCUGCAAACUUUCGGCAUUGGCCCAAACACGAUACCACAAUGCCGCGAAAGAGACGCUCUGCCUCGGCCGCCACAACAAGCGGUUCCAAGGGGACUAAGCGCAAGCGCGGCAUUGACUGGGACACCAUCAGUGAGGACAAUGGUUUUGCGGGCUUCAAGUUGAGGCCGAUGAAGCAGCCCAAGAAACCACAACCGGGCUUUCAGGAGCCCACCAAAGACUACAACCACAUGUCGAUGGAGGCCGUUGUUGCCCAAGCAAACCCCUUUCCCGACACUGAUCUGGGUCCCACAUAUUUCAGAAUUGCUCCCAAGCCCCACUGGGAGAGUCCCUCAUUCAAGCGCUAUGCUAAAUUUACAGUGGAAACCCAUCAUUAUCACGUUGGCGACAUAGUCCAUAUCCGCCACGACGCUGACGAGAGCACUCUGGAGGCACCCAUUGAGAACUGGUUAGCAAAAGUCUUGGAGAUCCGUGGGGCCAAUUCGAACAAUGUCUAUUUGCGCAUAUAUUGGAUGUACCGACCAGAAGACCUGCCAGGUGGUCGCAGACCCUAUCAUGGAAAAAACGAGCUUAUCGCGACCAAUGACAUGGACAUUCUGCAUGCGCGUACAGUAAAUGGGCUUGCGGAUGUUAUACAAUGGACAGAAGACCGCGAAAACACCGAGAUCCUCGACCCCGUGACGCUUUUCUGGCGUCAGACUUUUGACGUUUCUAAAAGACCUCACCUACUCAGCCAACUUCCCAAGCAUUGCAUUGAUAAUACACCCUGGAAUCCUGAUGAACCCUUAGUCCAGUGCGGUUCUUGUCACAAUUGGCUCCACGCUUCGUGUCUGCAGGAUGCGGCGGUCCGAAAACUGUACAAAGAGCAUAAUCUCGCGUACCCGGAGCCUACGAAGGGCAAGGGGGCCAAGAAUGCUCAACCUGCGGCCGCUUUCCAGGCGCAGGUGGAAGUCACCGAAAGCAGCCUUACGUACAUGAAUAUCACCGACAAACGCGUAGGACCAACAAAGGACGUGACUACGAAAACACCCAUCUAUUGUCUCUUAUGCAAUGCACCUGUGGACGAAACGAAAGCGGAAAUGACCAAUGUCGCGAAUGACGAGCCUGCGAGCGCUGGAAUUCACGUUAAUAGCAGCCAUCUCACACCAGCGACUCCACCCACUAUGUCCGAUGGCGAGGACUCGGGAAAGGACAUCGCAAAAAGCAGCCCGGAGUUGUCCAAUCCACAUGAGGAGCCCUCCCGUGUGCCAACCGGCCAAACUGCCACUGAACAAUCGCUAUCGCCCAUCCUGUUUUCGGAAAACAAUUUGCGCACACACGUCGAAUCCUUUUCGAAGCUAUUCGCACCGUAA